AUGAAGAGCCAAAUUUUCCUUCUAGUUUUUGCUUUCCUACUGAAGUACGCCCCGCCCACAAACGGACAAAGUCUCCAGGAUGAUCUGAACGACCUGCAGCAGCACGUGCCCAUGGCACAGAUUCAGGAGCUGUUUGUACGAUACUUGAUGGCCGAUCCCGAGUUCCGGCAAACCGUGCAGUAUUUCCGGGGGGCGGAAUUUGCCAACAUGUGGAACCGAUUUCUGGAGGUGCCGAAGGUUCGCGAGCUGUUCACCUACAUGGCCUCCGCCGGACUGAUGGUCAACGAAGCGCUGGAGAUGUUCGCUGGGUUUACGGGAAUGGAGAAACCACGGACCAAGUUCAGACGAUCGAUAGCUCCAAAAAGUGGUGGCUUCCGAGCGUUCAUCGCCGAAGUGGUUGAGCUGUGCUCCUCCAGUGAUUUGGCCAGUGCCCACGAAGCGAAGAAAUCGUCGAGUUCCCAAUAUCGGGAGAUGGUCAGCAAAUUUGAAGCUCCGGAAUUCAAGCGAUUGCUGGCUGAAGCUUCUGGUUGUUAA